AUGCUGGGAGCGAGCCCCAAGAGCAGGAAGGGCGCGCCGGUGAAGCUGGGGUCGACGAAGGAGGCGCCGGCGGCGGUGGCGGUCGCCACCGGUGGAGGGAACGGCGGGAAGGUGCCGGCGGAAGAGGUGUGGGAGGUGCGGCCCGGCGGGAUGCUGGUGCAGAAGAGGGGCGGCGGCGGCGGGGCGGGCGACGACGAGCCGUCGCCCAACGUGAAGCCGGUGCCCACCAUCCGGGUCAAGGUCAAGCACGCCGGCGUCACGCACGAGAUCUACAUCAGCUCCGAGGCCUCCUUCGGGGAGCUGAAGAAGCUGGUGGCCGCCAAGACGGGGCUGCACCCGGACGACCAGAAGGUGCUGUACAAGGACAAGGAGCGCGACUCCAAGGCGUUCCUGGACAUGGCCGGCGUCAAGGACCGCUCCAAGGUCGUCGUCGUGGAGGACCCCGAGGCCCGCGCGCGCCGCCUCAUCGAGGAGCGCCGCAACGGACACCUCGAGAAGGCCGCCAGGGCCGUCGCCGCCGUCACCGCCGGGGUCGACAAGCUCGCCCCCAAGGUGGCGGCGCUGGACGCGUCGGUGCGCAAGGGGGAGAAGGUCGCGGAGAACGACGUGGUGCAGGUGACGGAGCUGCUCAUGAACGAGCUGCUCAAGCUCGACGCCGUGGUCGCCGACGGCGACGUCAAGGCGCAGAGGCGGAUGCAGGUGAAGCGCGUCCAGAAGUACGUGGAGACGCUGGACGCGGUGGCGGCCAAGAACGCCGCCAUCAUCCGCAAGUCCGGCGAGAAGGCCGCCGCCAAGCCGGCGCCGCCGCCGCCGCAGCAGCAGCAGCAACCGAGGCACCAGCCGCAGCAGCAGCAGCAACUGAGGCACCACCAGCAGCAGCAGCAGGGGCCGACGCGGUGGGAGAUGUUCGAUCUGCUGUCGUCGCUGCCGUCCACGUCCUCGGCCUCGUCAACGACCACCGUGAGCUCCACGGCGUCCUCCGGCGCGCCGCCGACGAACCGCCUGGACUGGAUGCUCUGA